UCCCCGUCUGCACAGUUGCACAUGCAUCUCUCCCUUCAAUUGCACACACAAAUUAAUGGAGGAGGAAGACAACCACUCCCAUCUCCAACCACUCAUACCCUAUUAUUCCACUCUCUCCUUCUCCUCCCAUUCACUCCAGCAACACUAUGCCGACAAAAAUGCAAAACACUUCACCUCCGACAGCAACAACAUCGUUCUCCGAAUCCUCUCAAUUCUCUUACUAGCUCUCAUCUCACUAUGGGCCAACUACGAGGCAUCCAAAACCUUCCACAUCACCGUGGUAAACGACGCCAAGGACUCCCCCGCGGGACGCCGUUUCGCCCUCUCCUAUGUCUCAAACGACGAAGCCUCUCGCAUACUCCUCAACACAAGCUCCUACGUAGAACACUUUCUUUAUCCAAAUAGUAAUAACAAUGAUAACAAUUACCCCAAGAAGCACAUAGAUAGUGUCACACUCCAGCUACCUCGCCGGAAUCUCAACGUCACCGACAUCGUUGCCGUCUACACCGCCGCCGGAAAUCACCUCCAACGAGGUGGAGGAAAAUGUUUUAGUUAUGUCAUUGAGAUUAGCCCUACGUUACUAGAAGACCAAAGGUACGAUAAGAUAGCUAUAGUGGGUGCAAUCCUACGUGGCAUGGCUAAGGUUUGGAUAUGGGAAGGGGCCCCACAAGGGCUUGUUGAUGGCAUGGCGGAGUAUGUGGCGGAGAUGGCUGGAUUCCGCCGUGGUAUGGUCUCCGGUGGCGGUGAGAUGCCACAAUGUAGGGAGGGUGGUGGCGGUUGGUGGUGGGAGGAUAAGGACCCUAGCCAUGUGGCACGUUUGUUGCAUUAUUGUGAGAAAUUCAAGAAGGGGUUCAUCCAACGGUUGAAUGAAGCCAUGAGGGACACGUGGCAUGACCGUGUGGUGGAUGAGGUGUUGGGGAUGCCCGUUAUGGAGCUUUGUGGUCGUUUGUAUAAUGAUAAUAAUGCUUCUUGGGUUGGCUCCAUCUCCAUGUGAUCUGAAGCUUCCAAGUGGUAUUAUUAUUUUGCAAGUAUUUUGUUUUUUCAUUUGUUGUUUAUACUUAUUAUUGAAAUUGACAUUCAACCAUAAAAUAUUGUGGGUUAAGGGUUGCCCACCAUGUUGAUGCACAUGAAUCUGUGUCAAUCAUAAUCACAUGGAAUUGAUCAAUUAUAUAAGUCACCGGAUUGGAUGGAAUCA